ACUUAUAAAUCGUGGCACUUUUGGAUAAACACGUUCGACGCCAUCUGGCAGUCUCUUGUGAUUUUCUAUAUACCUUACAUUGCCUUCAAUGGUCUCGAUAUUGGCAUAAACGAGCUGGGAACAAUAUGCAUGAAUGCCCUCGUCUUCACUUCUCUCCUCCAUGUUGCAUUGGAGACCAAGUACUUUACCUUUAUUCACGCGAUUGUGUACAUUGGAAGCUACCUUAUAGUCUACCUCGGUUCCACAAUGGUCUACAACGCUAUUGGAAUAACCAAGUUAUCCCCUAAUCCACCCUACUUUAUCAUCUUUGUCCUCAUGGGAGAUGUCAGAUUCUGGCUUUGCAUGUUCGUCACCAGUACACUGGCUCUUCUUCCGAGCCAAUACUUCCAAAAGUGUAUAUCUAAUGUUGGAGAUUUGAAUGAUCAAGGAAAUGCCAUUCCUGUGCAUAACGCCCUCUUGGAUGAAGCUUUCGAUUGGUCAACUGAAGUCAAACGGGGAGGUAUUAAUCUCACUCCAUCGGAGAUCUCCCGCCGUCCUCACAAAUUUUGUCUCAAGGUGCCAGCUCCUUCAACGUCGGAUGAGGGAGACCCUGAUGCUAAUUCAGACCACGCCGAUGUGAUGGCUACUGAUCCUGUGGGAUGUCUCUUUAGAGAGACAAGUCUUGCUGCUCGAAUUGGUUGGAUGCUAUCUCCUGGACCCGCCCUACGAUUCCCACCUGAUGCGGUGGCUCAUGCUCUUCCUGGUUUACUGAUCACGGCUGUCAGACAUUCUGUGGACUUAGCAUUUCUGGAGGGUUGGUGUGACAUGAAACUAGUAGUUACCAAUCAUCCAACUACGGGACUAAUUCUCUUGAAUGUCACACUGAACACCUUUGCCCCGAGUUUGGACACACUGGCUGCCCGAUUACGGCUAAAGUACGGUGCUGGAGAGAAACUUCCCAUCGGUCGAUAUGUGGAGGAGCAUGACAUGUGGCAACGUCGCCGUCGCAAUACCAACAAACUCUGGCUUACUGACGUCUCCGGUAGCGGUGGAGGCAUUUUGGAACCCCAAAACAUUCGAUCUCACAUUGCUAGUUGGUUCACGUCUGCUGGACGUUUCUUACAGCACAUGCCCUCUCUGCGUCGCCAUAUUGAGGACUCCUCCAUUGUGCGACUUCGGUCUUCAUCCAAUCCUGAACUGGCCACUCAUACAACGCCUACAUCAGAUCCUGUAAUAUAUGCGCAACAUCGUGAUAUGUAUAGAGCUAAUAGCUACUCUGGUAGCAACAAGAGGUAUGAGAAUAACGACUGUACUUGAUGUUUGGGAAGAGGUAUUUUGGAAUGUGAAGAAUGGGAAAGUGCUUAG